AUGUAAAAGCUUUCUAUCAUUGAUUAACAUUUUUCGAGUCAAUAGACCACAGGAUAACCCAGUCUUUUGAAGGUUACCAUUGCAAACAAAGUUGCAUUGAUUGAAAUGAAUCCACCAACCAAGCUAAUUUUUAUGAGCAAGGCUUUAGCUGGUUAAAUUCAAUCUGAACUUGAGUCAAUUGAAUAAAACCCAGAUGUCAAUGUUAUAAUCUUGACUGGAAAAGAUGGAUCCUUCUGUACUGGUGCUGACAUUAAAGAAUUAGCUGAUACUGAUUUUGCUGGAUUCCUGUAGGAUGAUUUUAUUGAAAGAAUAUGGUUGAGGAUUCUACCGAAAUGCAACAAGCCAAUCAUUGCAGCUGUUAAUGGAAUGGCUUUUGGAGGAGGAUUCGAAGUUGCCUUAGCUUGUGACAUUGUUUUGGCUAGUGAAGAUGCUUAAUUCGGUCUUCCUGAAAUUAAACUUGGCCUCAUUCCUGGAGCUGGAGGUACUCAAAGAUUAGCUAAAGUAGCUGGUAAAGCCAGAACAAUGUAAAUGGUUCUAUCUGGCAGACCAAUUUCAGCUCAAGAGGCUCUUCAAUAUCAUAUUAUUACACAAAUUUGCCCAAAAGACAAACUAUUGGAAGAAGCCAUGAAACUAGCAGUAGCCAUUUCUGCUCAUUCACAACUUGCUCUCAAUGCAGGAAAGAAAGCUGUUGCCACCAGCUUUGAAACCAGUCUUGAUGCUGGACUUAAGUAUGAGAGAGCACUCUUCACUGGACUUCUUGGAACUGCUGAUAAAAGGGAGGGAGUCGCAGCAUUUGCGGGAAGAAGACCAUCUAAGAUUCAUUCAGGAUCUAUUAUAAUCGUCAGACCCUUAUUACCCAACGAGAGUCAGGAGACUAAUGAUGGCUAUGAUUAUAAGUUUCUCAUUAUGAAAAGAAGCCCAAAGAUUAUAUGGGGCGGGUUCUAUGCUUUUUCAGGAGGCAAAGUUGAAGAAUAAGACUUUUAUGAUAAUUGGCUAAACCAAUACCCUGAGAUGUUCACUUCCCUUGGCAGGGCUUUUUAUGAUUUUAAUGCAAGAAUUUGUGCAAUACGCGAAACUUUUGAAGAAAUAAAUGUUUUGAUAGCUAGACCAAUUGACGGGGAGAAAACUGAUGCAUAUCAUGGCCUAAGAGAUGAAUACGAAAAAAAGUACAAAUGUAACUUCAUUCAAUUUUGCAAAGACAAAAGUGGCUUAGAGAUUGUUCCAGGUAUAGAUAACCAAUUUUAUCUCUACUUUAAUAAGAAUGAUGAGAAUGUGAAGAAGGUUGACAUUAAUAAAGGGGAAUUUACUAAUGCAAGAUGGCUUAAUCCUAAGGAUGCCCUAUAAAAGUUCUACAUGGAGGAAUUGCCCCUUAUAUUCCCAUAGUACGCUUGCAUUUGUCAUUUUACUUUGAUAAAGACAAUUUCUGAAUUUGAAAAAUUAGCUAAAACUGUCUAUGACUCAAAUUUGAUAUCAUACUCAAGUAUGUCUCUUUCUCGCAAGAACUUGAGUAAGCUGCCUCAAAAAAUGAGGGAAAAAGCAGUUUAAUAAUUUAAUAAUGAGCAUGAUCUAAAAGCUGAUUCAGAGAGAAAAUUGAUUGUCUUUAAUAACACCAAUCCAAAAUAUAAGGAGAUAGUUAAGAAGUUAGAAUCAGCUAAAAAUGAUUACAAAGAGUUAGCUGAAGCUUGCUAAGAUUUGCUUGUUGGGACGAUGCCUGGUGAUUUUUACGAUAUGAAUGAUGGAUUUCCUAUACUCUCCAAGAAAUCUAGUAGAAGAAGAGCUUAUUGGACGUAAAAUUGGGAGAUUAUCAGAUUUGAAAUCAGUGAGGAUAUUUUUGAUAUGUUUAUAAAGCAUCAUAUAGAAAUGCCUAAAUUAUGA